AAGCUUUCCCAUCGACAAAAGACGGGAAGGUGCACCUCCCAAGAAAUAUUUCAUCCUGCCCACCUCCCCUCGACCUUUCAACAAGAGCUCCAUCCCCAGCUCUUUCCCUCCCAUUUUUUUCCCCAGCUUUACCUCCGCUCCAGGUACAUCUCAACCACGGGGAAACAGGAAGGUACCAAUUUCCGACUGGAGUCUUCUUGACUGAAGAGUCUUCUGUCAUCCUCACUCGUGUCCAUCCUCGUCGCAGUUCCUGCCGGUGGUCAUAGCUACUCACCCCGGAACACACACCGCGGAGUACCUGCGCCUUUGUCACCACCAACCGGAGGCAAUUCUCCCUCACCGAGAAAAAGAGCGAAACGACCCGACCGCGAACGCCAAUCGCGAAUUUACAUCACCUUGCUGGCACCCUUUUGCCUCUGACGGCAUUUAUCGGGCCUAUUCGCCUUCACCUACACAAAGCAAUAGGGAGGACACCUUGAUCCCUCUUAAAUCAUAACGACCACAACAUUUUAUUUUGGACACACAUAUCCCACCACCCACUUACACCACAUAGUCUUGCCCAUCUCAACCGACGGCCCCUCGCGGCCUCUUCAUCCCGCCCACCAUGACGACGCCAACAAAUCAUCGCGAUCGCGCCAAUUCAGACGAAAAUGAGAAACAUUCUCAGCAUACAGACGAUAGUCUCCAAACCGCAACUGAUCCCAAUUCUCAACCAACCCAUCCCGAAAAGUUGACGAGAUUAAACACCGACAACCACCUUCAUAUUCCCCAAGAGACGCACGGCGGACCAAUGUCGCCGCAAGACUCACGCGAACAAGCCUCACGCCUGAACGACGAUUUGGAGUUGUUGCGCGCCGAACGCCUCAUCUCCAACCAAGAACAUGAGAUGUCCCAGCAGCGUUCUCGCCAGGGUAGGACCCGCGAGAUGGAGCCCGAGGAUGUCUUCGCAACCAACGGUCCAAACCCUGCCGAUGCCGCCAAGCCACCGCCCGAGAAGAAGGCCGGUGCCUUCGCCUUCGCAUUGUGGAAGUGGCUGAGGAAGUUCCCGCGUGUUUUCCGAUACUUUGUCUAUUUGAUUCCCGGUGCCGCGCUUCUUCUCAUUCCGGUUCUUAUCGGUCACUUUGCCGUGGAUGCCGAAAGCGCCACUGUUGGUGGUGCCUACGGCGUUUACCUCACUUGGUUCGGAAUUUGGCUCGAGGUUGUCUGGUGCUCACUGUGGGCUACGCGUAUGGUUACCAGCUUUAUGCCCCUCACCUUUGGCGGUAUUGCCAUUGUCAUGGGCUCUUCGAACCAUAAGAAGUGGAGGGAUAUUGGCCAGGGUCUCGAGCUGCACACUGCCCUCUUCAUGUGGAUGCUCGCCAUUCUUUGCUCCUACUCGCCCAUCCUCGAAGAUCACCGCGUUCUUCCCGAUGGAUUCAACCCGGACACCGACACAAAGCCAGACCUCAAAUGGGUCGAUAUCGUUCAGAAGGUCAUUAUCGCUUUCUUGGUCCUCGCUGCUCUCAAUUGGGUUGAGAAGAUCUGCAUCCAAUGGAUUGCCACAUCUUUCCAUCAGCGCACCUACGUUCAACGAAUCGAGACGAAUAAGAGCGAUAUCGACCAUUUGGUCCACCUUUACGAGCACUCCAAGAUGCGAAUCAACCGUGAGGACUCUAUCUGGCUCACAACCGAGAACGGCAACAGAUCUGGCGCCCGUACCCCAAUGGGUGUCGUCGGAAAGAAUGUUCGCACUGCCUUCAACAAGGCCGGUGGUGUUGCGGCUCGCGUUGGAAACGACUUCAUAGGACGAAAGGUCGCUUUCAACCACGCCCGCAAGAUCACUUAUGAGAUGUUGCGUAACACGGGUUCUGCUCAUUCUCUUGCCCGCCUCAUCUUCCGGAGUCUCGCCAAGGAUGGUCAAGAGACCAUCUACCUCGAAGACAUGCAGUCUGCCUUCAAGACUAGCGAAGAGGCCGAACACGCCUUUAGCAUUUUCGACAAGGAUCUCAACGGUGAUAUUUCCAUGGAAGAGAUGGAGCUCACUUGCAACGAGAUUCAUCUCGAGCGCAAGGCCAUUGCUGCCUCGUUGAAGGAUCUCGAUUCCGUCAUCAAGAAGCUCGACAAGGUCUUCCUCGUCAUCAUUGUUAUUAUCGCCAUCAUCGUCUUCAUCUCCAUUCUCUCAGGCUCUGCCGCUGCCGGUCUCGCUUCUGCCGGAUCCAGUUUCCUCGGUCUCGCGUGGCUGCUCCAGGCCAGUGCUCAAGAGUUCCUGCAGUCCAUCAUCUUCGUAUUCGUCAAGCACCCGUUCGAUGUCGGUGACCGUGUCACUGUCUACGGCAACACUGGUACCACGGGAACUGGCGACGAUUACUACGUCACGGAAAUCUCCCUGCUAUACACCGAGUUCAAGAAGAUGGAAGGUCACAUCGUACAGGCACCCAACAGCGUGCUCAACACCCUGUUCAUCCUCAACCAGCGCCGUUCUGCCGGCCUGGCCGACCCUAUCGAGCUGAAGCUGGGUUUCGGCACCGAUCCCGAACUCAUCGAGGAGCUCAAAUCUCGCAUGCUCAACUUCUGCCUCGAACACAAGCGCGACUACCAGCCUCGGAUUAUUACUGAAGUCCGCACUCUCAACGAGGUUCAAUCUUUCACCAUGAACUUGAUCUUCUUCCACAAGUCCAACUUCCAGAACGAACUGCUCCGUCUGCAAAGACACAACAAAUUUGCCGCCCAGCUUAUGGCCGAGGUUCGCGCUGUUGGUCUCCAGGGCCCUUGGCAGGUGCAACCUGGUGGUUCCCGCAACACACCUUUUUACUGGGCAGGCGGUGCUCCUCCUUCGUACGACUCUUCCAAGAACGGCGGUCCCAGUGGCAUCGAGCCUGCGACGCCUGGAGGCGAUUCUCACUCCAUUCACUCUACUACUCAGCCCACUACAGCGGGCACUGCGGUGGCCACUCGCGCUCGCGCCGAUUCCCGCACCGGCAUGACGCCUUUCAUUGACAACAACUGGAGCGAUUUCCAGGACGUGUUUGAGGCUCGCAGAGAGGUCCACCAACCGCACGUCGCUCGCCUCCAGAGCAUCCGCGAGCGAACCGACCUCGAACGCCCAGAAAGCGCGACAUCAGGCGCCGCGGCCUCACGAGCUAGUCACGACUCUGGAUCUCAGCGCCGACGCUUCUUUGGCCGACCGCGGAGUUCCAGCCGAGCCAAGACCGGCGACAUUGUUUAGAUCAUACGACAGACGAUGAGAUCUCUUUUUUCCAGCAGAACAAAAGUCCUUUUCCCUUGCACCCAGGCUCGGGACACCUACACUCUUUUCAUAAUGCGAUAUUUGUAAUCAGCGAAGCGAGAGAAGCGACCUGGAGAAGGAGAAGAUAGAGAAGAGUUUGCAUGAUCACCUGUGCGUACGAAAGGAUAUGGGUAGAAUGCCCGAGUAUCUGUCGCAAGGUGUCGACGGAGUUUUAUUUCAGAGAAAUUGGCAUUAGGAGCGAAAAGACGCUUUCCUUUGGACAGACAGCAAUCGGGGUAAAAUACCCAAAUAGAAGCCUCGAUUCGUAUUUCAUCUUGUGUCUACCCAUUCUGCUCCCUUGCUGUAAUUGGCAGCUUUCGAUUCAUCUUCAGUUGCUGAUUGUGCCUUCGUAUCGAUAGUUAUUCUAUCGUGUUUUUUCCUUUCUCCAGGCAAUUCGCACCAACCCAACGCGGGUUUAUUUCCUGAUAUCGGGCUGCUUCUGCGAGGGCCAAGUGACAUAUUUCAAGAGGCGUGCCAGGCGUCGCCUCUGCCAUGCUUCCCGAUACUGCACUUUUCCCCCUCCUUUGUC